UCAUGAAGGGUACAGUCUUGAUCUGCUGUUUCCUCUCCCUGCUGCAUUUGCAGGCCACAGCAGAGGAAGAAGAAAGAGGAGAUGAUUUCAUCUCCGCCCUCAGGGACAGAUCUCACAUCGACGAGACGCUGCGGCUUGCAACUGAGGAAAAAUCAGGAGACUAUGCAGGGGCCAUACAGCGGUUGCGGAACGUCUACCACUCAUCCAUCAAGCCGAUGGAGCAGGCCUACAAGUACAAUGAGCUGAGGCAGCACGAGAUCUCAGAUGGAGAGAUUACCUCCAAGCCCAUGGUGCUGUUCCUGGGACCCUGGAGUGUAGGAAAGUCCUCUAUGAUCAAUUACCUCCUGGGCAUGAACGACAGCCCGUAUCAGCUCUACACAGGAGCAGAGCCUACUACCUCUGAGUUCACUGUAAUUAUGCACGGCGAGAAGAUCCGCUCUGUUGAGGGUAUUGUGAUGGCAGCAGACAGCUCUCGGUCCUUCUCUCCCUUGGAGAAGUUUGGCCAAAACUUCUUGGAAAAACUGGUCGGUAUUGAGAUGCCCCACAAGCUGCUGGAACGCGUGACUUUUGUGGACACACCAGGAAUCAUUGAGAACCGGAAACAGCAGGAGAGAGGCUAUCCCUUCAACGAUGUUUGCCAGUGGUUCAUUGACCGCGCUGACCUGAUCUUCGUGGUGUUUGACCCCACCAAGCUGGAUGUUGGCCUCGAGCUGGAGAUGCUCUUCCGGCAGUUAAAGGGUCGCGAAUCCCAGAUCCGCAUCAUCCUAAACAAGGCUGACAACCUGGCCACCCAGGACUUAAUGAGAGUCUACGGAGCGCUCUUUUGGAGCUUAGCUCCCCUCAUCAAUGUGACCGAACCCCCUCGGGUCUACGUCAGCUCCUUCUGGCCAUAUGACUAUGCACCCGAUACCAGCCGUGAGCUCUUCAAGCGAGAGGAGAUCUCCCUCCUGGAAGAUCUGAACCAGGUGAUUGAAAACCGCAUGGAGAACAAAAUUGCCUUCAUCCGCCAGCAUGGUAUCCGCGUACGUAUCCACGGCCUGCUGGUAGACCGCUACGUCCAGACCUUUAAAGAGAAGAUGAGCUACUUCAGUGACCCUGAACUAGUCUUCAAGGAGAUUGUGGACGACCCAGACAAGUUCUACAUUUUCAAAUCCAUCCUAGCCAAGACCAACGUCAGCAAGUUUGACCUGCCCAACCGCGAUGCUUACCGUGACUUCUUUGGCGUCAACCCGAUCACCAACUUCAAGCCCUUGACGGCUCAGUGCUCCUACAUGGGAGGCUGUCUGCUGGAGAAGAUUGAGCGUGCAAUCACCAAUGAGCUGCCUGCCCUUCUGAGCAGCAUUAACUCUGGGAAGCAGCCUGGCCUGUCCUCCUGCGAGACAACUGGCUGUGGUGAAAAGCCAAAGAAUCGCUACCGGAAGAACUGACGAAAACAAAAUAACUUGAGUGGGGAAAGUAAGAAGAGAAGGGGUCUGGUGGAAGCCAACCUUGCUUUUGUCACAAUGCCUGUAUUGUUGAAGAGACAGAGGAGAAUAGUGUUUGUUUGUUUUUCUCAGGAGAAUAUUGGGAGGUGCAUUUAGGGACUCUAGGAAUGAGGCAGAUAGAGGGAGGGAAGGGUCAUUGUUUGAUAAGGCAGCUUAAGGACAGAAGUGCUGAAGAAACAUGCCACUGAUCACUGAGUUUUGUUAAAAUACAUGCUCUCCUCUUUCCCUUGCACAAUCACUUUGGACUGUCUGGGAUUUGGGGGUUGGGAAAAUAAUGAUGUGAAGAAACACAGAAAUGAAAAAAGUAAGAUCAAAUAAAAAUUGAAAAUCCCGAGACUGAAAACAGUCAAAUACCAGCUCCCUUGUAUGUGAAUAAAAUGGGAAAAAAUAGAAACAGGACUUGCAAAUUUGUGUUGUAAAAUCUUGAGAAUUUCAUUGCAGAGAGUCAAUUCCAUAAGCUUCAGAAGCUGAUUUUGAAGUAGCCUUUUUGUGGGUGCUAUACAUGUUUGUCAUCCAAACCUUUGCUUUUGAUAUAGAUUAACUUUAACAUUGCAUGGUAGAUGUUAUUUAACAGAUGCAUGCAUGUCCUGCUAAUAUAAAGUUUAAGUAAUAUUUCCUCGUGUAACUGCAGCAUGAACCAACCCUGCCAUGCAACAAAUAAGGCCGUUUUUCGUUUUUGUUUUAUACGCUCAUCAGUCCUGGUUGUUGACAACCUAUGAAAUGAGCACUGUGAUGGAAGCAGAGGUCAGGGUUCAAGGGUCAGUCUUCAGAGCGGGGUGGGUAUGUUCAUUCUGCUUCACUUCUUAACUGUUCUUACUGUUUCUGUCUUCGUCUAUAAAUUUUGUCUUUGGCAGAAA